UCUUUUCAGUUUUCCCAUUUUCCAUUUUGUGAUUCUAAUGGGUAAUAUUGAUAUGAAACUCUCCAUGCAUUCAAUCUUGAUGGAGACAAUCAGAUCCUCUUUGUCUCUCUCUCUCUCUCCCCAUACAACCUUCUUUCCCAUCUCUCUGUCUUCACCAAACUUUCUUAACCCAAAGUUGCAAUAAGAGUUUGGUGACCGGAUUUAAUGAUAGUAAAUGAAUUAACCAAAUAAAGUUAAUUUGCAUGCAUCAGCUCUUCUUCUUCUACUUAGAUAAUUAGCUCUAUUUAAACAAGAUGCGAGUAAUGCUUUUAAGCCAUCGCAUUCUCUCCUUCUGCAUCUUCCUAUCCUUUCCAGCUAAAAAAAACAAGAAAAUGUAUUAUUCCAGCAAAAUCUCCCUUGCUCUCGUGUGCUUCUUCUUCCUUGGCUUCGGCACUACCGCGGCGACGGCGGCCGCCUGCAGCAAAGAACCAGUUUUAUUCAACUUCGGAGAUUCCAACAGCGACACAGGCGGCGCUUCUGUUCUUGGAGGGAAGCCGCUCGAGUUCCCGGAGGGGCGAACAUUCUUUCACGAGCCAACCGGCCGUGUAAGCGAUGGUCGCCUCAUCCUCGACUUUUUGUGCGAGAGUCUGGAGACGAAGUUCUUGACCCCAUAUCUGGAGCUCUUCACUCCGGACUUCUCAAACGGCGUCAACUUCGCCUUGGCCGGCGCCGACUCUCGCCUGGGAAUAAGCAUCCCUCCAAAUGCGUUCACGCUGGGCAACCAAUUUGCCGAAUUCAGUCGCUUCCAAAACGUCUCCAUUCGCCGUGGCUCUCUUGAUGCAGGGCAGGUGAAAUCUGCUCUCUUCAUGUUGGAUAUCGGCCAAAACGAUCUCCAAUUCGACAGCAAUACCCUAACUCCCCAACAAGUGCUCGAGAGAGUCCCCAUAGUCGCCUCCAACAUUAGGGAUACUAUGCAGAAGCUAUACCAGCUGGGUGGGAGAAAUUUCUGGGUGCACAACACGGGGCCGUUGGGCUGUUUGCCUAACAACGUAGCCCGCAUAAAUGCAUCCACGGUGGUGGACGAGUACGGCUGCGUUUCCGACAGGAACAAAGCAGCUGCCGCCUUGAACUCCCAGCUUGAGCAUCUCUGUCGGGAGCUGCAGUCGGAGAUGAGCGACUCCACCAUCGUCUACGUGGACAUCUACUCCAUCAAGCUGGACUUGAUCGUCAAUGCGACAUCCUAUGGGUUCGAGAAUCCCUUCGUGGAGUGCAAGCCUAAGGGGCAGAGUGUGUGCCCGGAGGGAUCGCGCUAUGUGAGCUGGGAUGGAUUUCAUUACACAGACGCGGCUAAUAUGUUGGUUGCGUCUAAAAUACUCUCCACCAAUUUCUCUACUCCUUCACUUCCAUUUCAUUUUUUUUGCAAUUAAUCUACUUUCGUUAGUCUCCACUAAAUUUGUAAUAAUCCUGCGGCUUGCAUUGGAUUGAGCAUUGUUCAUCACUUGUCUUUUAUGCUAAUUGCAAGUGGCAUUCUCA